AUGGAACGUAAAAAAGUCCUCGAAUUGGAUAAAAUCUGUCGUGUGUGCAUUUGCGAACGCAAGGAUAUGCGACCGUUGUUUAGCGAAAAGGUAGCCGAAAUGUUAAUGGAAUGUGCCAGUGUUUCGGUCGAACCCACCGAAGGUUGGCCCGACAAAAUUUGUGUCCAAUGUGUGCAUGCCGUUUCACGCUGUCAUGCAUUUAAAAUGCAGGUCGAGCGCAGCGAUAAAGAACUACGAGAAUAUAUCAAAUCUAUUACGGUUCGAGUGAUGGUCGACGAAAAGCCACAAAUUGAAACAACACCAUCAGCCUCAACAACAGACUAUCCAACAGGCCUUAAAUUACAGCAGAGCCAGGCGAAAUUAUUUGAAUUGCAACAGCAGCAAAAGUUAUUGUUGCAACAGCAACAACAACAGCAGCUACUGAAAAUGCAACAACAACAGCAGCAGCAAGAGGAUCUGUUGUUACGGAUGGCCCAACAACAACAAAUACCCCCGCAACAACAUCAGCAAUUGCAUUUGGUUCUGCAAACGAAACCCCAGUCCUCCCCGGUCCACCAAGAUGAGGAUAAGAAACCUGUACAACAGUCCCUCUUGAUACACAAUCAACAUCGUCCUCAGCAGCAGCCUCCGCAGCAAUUGCUAAUGCACUCAGCCACCACGAGCAGUACCACCUCCUCCGCCUCCUCCUCAACCACCGUUAAACGGAAAUCUUCCGUAAAAAAAUCCCAACCCGCAGCCAAGAAGUUUGCCCAAAUUCAGCAGCAGCAGCAAAGCAACAUUUCAACACCUGCCCUCCAGCAACAACAGCAACAGCACAUCUUACCCCAGACCACAAUAAGUUUAAAUGAGAGUAACGGCACCCUGACUUUACAACAACAUAGCGGUAAUAACAAUAACAACAACACCCUCAGCCAUCAGCCACGUUUGACCACCCAGACCUUGCUCAACACAAAUCCACCACAAUUAUUGCCAAUAUCCUCCUCGUCCAACAACAACCACAACAGUAAUGUCCUGCCUCAACAAAUUGUCCUGCCAAAUGGUCAGAUAAUAACCACCACCACCCAGUUGUUGGCCACAAAUGGUGGUGGUAAUUCCGGUGGACCACCCCAAUUGACCCAAAUAAUUAGCGGUAAUCCCGCCAAUCAUCUGCUCCAUCACACCACCCCCGCCCCUGCACAGUUACAACAACCACAAUUUGCCCCCGCCCAAUUAAUACAAACCACCAGUGGUCAGACCCUGCAAUUGAUACAACAACCCAAUGGCCAACAGAUUCUGCAAUUGGUACAAAUUGUACCCCAGCGGACCUUGACGGCGGUGGGAGGUGGUACUACAGGUGGAGGUAAUGUGAUAACUACCCAUACCCUAAGUAAUGGUGGGAAUGCCACUGCGAUCCUGGAAGAUGAUCAUCUAACCAUAAUGGAUGAGGAGGCUCUUAUGGAACAAACGGAACAGCAUCUAAUCGAUGAUGAGGAGGGGGAUCAGCAGGAGGAUGAUUUGGAUGGUGGUGGUGGUCACAUUGGCGAUGAGCAGAGCAAUAAUCAUGUUCUACACCAUUCAAAUGAGCGGGAUCAAAUUUGUGAAACAAUUGUGGUGGAGGAUGAUCAGCAGCUGCAGAUCCACCAGCACCACCAACAACAUCAUCAUCAUCAAUUAUUACAACAAAAUGUGGAAAUGGAAUAUUUGGAAGAUGUUACAGUGACCACAUCCCAUCAGCAACAACAACAACACCAUCAUCAGGGCCUAAUUUUACCCGAUGUCGUCGUUCAGGAAGUCAUUGAUGAUGAGGGGGAAGAUGAACUCGACGAAGAGGAUGAUAUUAUUGAAGAAAUCCACAUGGAAGAGGAAAUCUUACAGGAUGAUGGCACCAUGCUAUUGGAAACAUCAAAUGGUUCGGAAUUUAUUAGCACCACCCAUGAACAGGAUAUGGAGGAACAGCAUCAUCAUCAGAUGUUAGAUGAUGAGGACGAUGAGGCGAAUAUCUAUCAUGAGGAUAAUUCCCUGGCCCAUUACACUGUUGUGGAGGGUGGUUGCAUCGAUGAUGUGGAUGAUGUUGAUGCCAUGGAGGAGGCGGAGGUAAAUGCGGUUUUCCAGGCCGCGUGUGAUGCCAAUGAAACGGAGAUGCAACAGCAGCAGGCCCAGGCGCAGCAGCAACAACAGCAACAAUUUAAUAAUAAAGUUAAUAACUCCUCCUGCUCCUCCAAUCACAAUUCCCUAGAUGCCUCACCUGUCGCAAACUCCUCCUCGGCCACAAAAACAAAAUCCAGGCGUGGUGGCAACAACUCAAAUUCCAACACCUCCAACAACAAUAAUUCCAAUCGCUCCUUGGCCAACUCCCGACAAUUACAAGCCACCGCCUGUUCCAUAGCCCAGGCCGCCGGGCAGGAUGAUGAUUUCGAAAUUGAUUCCAAACUCAUUGCAGAAUUUAUUAACCAACAAACCACGAUUUUGGCUACGGGACGUUACAAGUGCAAUUUAUGUCAAAAAGAAUUUAAACAAUUUAAGGGUCUGCAGAACCACAUGCAUCAACAUUCAAAUUGGAUUCGGGCCAAUUGCAAGAAACAACCACAAUGUGAAAUAUGUCACAAGAGUUUCAAGGGCCCGGGGAUGUUACGCAUGCACAUGAAAACUCAUCAAUCGGCAGGGAAGGUACCCACCUGUCACAUUUGCAAUAAGGCUUUCAAAUCGAAAGCCAUACUCUAUCGUCAUCGGCAGACACAUCAACAGCGUUCCUAUUGUUGUGCUGUGGACAAUUGUCGUAAACAUUUUUCCACUGCCAUGACUUUGAAAUCGCACAUCGAACGUAAACAUGCCAAUUGUGCGGAUAUACCGCGAUACAAAUGUGGGGAAUGUAAUACCGUCUUCUAUGAUAUUGAAACACUGGAAGAUCAUUUUCAAAUUACCGGACAUGGUGGAGGAGGUGGAGCGGGUUAUGGCAAUGAUCCGAGAAAUACUUCAAACUCUGAUAAGAAUUCUAGGCAAUGGACUUUCCAGUUAAAUGCAAUUCGCAACUAUAAAAAAUGA